AAGGAUUAUUAAAUAGGCCUUAGUAAUUAGGCUUAAGAUUUAUUAAACGUAAAACGUUUUUAGAAGUGAUCGAAUUGUUUGGUGAGCUACUGUCGCUACUGUUGCUACUGUGCAUAUAUAACAUGCAAAUAUGUACAUUAUACGUGGGAAAAGAAAGGAAGAAAGGCAAAGAACAACGGAAAGAAAGGACGCGAAGACAACAAGGUAGGGGGAAGAAAGCAAAAGAGAGUGAAGAAGAGGACGAGUGGGGAACCAAUGUCAGGGAAGACACGCUAUCGUAGCAAUGAGAAAGCUGACGUUGGUGAAAGCCGGGGACGCUUCUUUAGAUGCCGGUAGAGUCUCGUUAGUCGGUGGAACGCAUCAAUUCGUAAUAGGCUAAGCAAGAAUUAAUUUUUUUAAGUGUUGCAAUGGAAACGAUAUUUAUGGCAUGAGCGUAAACGGUGAUCGAAAUUACGCGUACAAUAGGUGAACGUUGUUGGUUGAUCGACGCUUGUCUUCUAUCGAGUCAUUAAAAAAAAAAAAAAAAAAAAAAAAGGACAGAUCCGAAAGGUGGUUACCGUGCACAGAAAAUUACUGAAAUUUAACAGGUGACAUAUAUAAAGUUCGAUUAAAUCGAUGGAACGAAGGUAAAAUGUCGAAGGCACGACGGUGUCGGAUAUCUUCCAUGGAUCAUUGGCAACCUGCGCGCUCUUCAACGGUAACGAAGGAACUCGAUUCUCGAUGAAGUCGAGAGUUUUAUCGGUAACGAGUAAAUUACGCGUAACUAUGGUACGAAUUGUGACGACUCGUUAAUACGAGUUCUAAUUUAUUUACGAAAUAAAUUAGAAAGAUAUCGGACCAUGAGUGUCACUGCGAUUGUACACGUGUUUCUAAUAGUAACCGCUACUGCACUCAAGUACGGUAACUACGAUGCAGUGACUUACGAUCGUCCUUUGGCCUCUUCCACUACACCGUCUUUGUCACAUUUACACAAUUGGUUUUCGAAAUUGCAGAAAUCCAAGAAAAAUGAAAGAACAGAGAAAUUUACGUUGCUAUCCAACGGACAGUUCGUAGAACAAGAUCCUCUCAAUUUAUGGAUUAAGAAGCAACUGUCGGAUAAAAGAAGCCCGAGAGAAACGAAUAAACUGGAUAAUAGUUUGACGGUAGUUGGGGGUCAGAAAUUUGAUAACCCUGUACGUGAAAUUGGCGCGAAAACAUGUUUCGAUCCGAGAGGAGAGAACUCGUGGAACGAUGGAGAUUACGAUCAUUUUGACAAGCCUCGAAACGCUGUCGUUCGCAGAGUGUUCGUUAGAAAUAAAGGUCUAUCGGAAGGUAGGUUGGAUUAUUCCAAUAGAAAAGACUCGUCGGAGGUUGACACGGUCGGAAAUGGCAAUUGGAGAAGACAAAUAGCAGGGAGACACGAUAUACGUACAGUUGAUGAUAGUGACAGCGAUAGUGAAAGUUACAUUUCGACAUUGGAUAACGUUAACGUUCAACGACGACAGCUAACGAAUGAACGUAUCAUCGAUAACGGAUAUUCGAACGAUACCAGUGAAGAAAAUGAUUUUACAGGUUUUCUUGAUCGAUUGAAGAAAAAGAUGAACGGCGAGGAAUUGGAACAGCUAACGUCGACAAGUUACAGGCAAGGAAGAAGACGUAAAUUAACCAGUCAACAGCAAGGCACCCUCCUUGUCGAGGCUCUGAGGAAAAAACGAAAUUACACGGGAGAUCAUCGAGGUCAUAAUAACGAUCUGCAGAAUGGCUUAAUGGACAUGUUGGGUAGAAUGAUACCGCAAACGUGUACGUACAAAGGAACGACAUUCGAUUGUGGCCUUAGUAUUAGUUGCGUCCUCGGAGGUGGUCGUCCGGUCGAUCUCUGUUCCGGAGGAUUGAUAUGGAGCUGUUGCGUCGACGACGAUGACAUCCCUGACAAAGUACCACGACCGACGAUCGGGCUACUGCAAAAUGCCACACUCGCGUUAAACUUGGGAAAUCAACAUCCCUAUGUGGACGAUGAUGUGCAAAUCUACGACAACGCGGCAAGGCCGAGCAAACCGACGUAUAGCGGUCAGAACGAGCACGGAACGAGCUACCUGUACGCGGACAUCGCAAACAAACCAACAACCAUUUAUGAGUCUUCACAGACAUGGAAUUACGAUCGGCCUGUGCAUACAAAUCGUCCAUCGGUUUAUCAUCCGCUGCAGCUUGAUUAUCCUCAGGAUGAAUACGACGUCGCUUAUCCCGAUGUUUCGGGAAUUCACACACCGAACGAGGACGUCUCAAACUCCGUGGAUUAUUCCAAAUAUCGUGGUUGCGGUGAACUUUACACGAGAAGUAAUAGAAUCGUAGGUGGGCACAGUUCCAGUUUCGGUAGUCAUCCAUGGCAGGCUGCCAUUAUCAAAUCUGGAUUCUUAACAAAAAAGUUGUCAUGCGGCGGUGCCUUAUUGAACAACAGAUGGGUCGUUACCGCUGCUCACUGUGUCGCAACAACACCGAAUAGUAAUCUGAAAGUUCGUCUCGGUGAAUGGGACGUUAGAGACGCAUCCGAGAGAUUGCUGCACGAAGAAUUCAACGUGGAAAGGAAAGAGGUUCAUCCGCAAUACUCGCCAACCGAUUUCCGAAACGACGUGGCAUUGGUGAAGCUUUCGAGAACAGUGGCGUUCAAACAACAUAUCGUACCUGUCUGUUUACCAGCCAAGAAUCUCAAAAUUUCUGGACGCACAGCGACAGUUGCCGGUUGGGGUAGAACUAGACACGGGCAAAGUUCGGCGCCGUCGGUUCUUCAAGAGGUUGAUGUGGAAGUGAUCCCCAAUGAAAGAUGUCAGCGUUGGUUUAGAGCGGCUGGAAGACGCGAAACCAUUCACGACGUCUUUUUGUGCGCUGGAUAUAAGGAAGGUGGACGAGAUUCCUGUCAGGGAGACUCUGGUGGUCCUUUAACCAUGUCCGUCGAAGGAAGACACGUAUUAAUCGGUCUCGUAUCAUGGGGUAUAGGAUGCGGUCGGGAACAUCUGCCAGGUGUAUAUACGAAUAUCCAGAAAUUCGUACCUUGGAUCGACAAGGUUAUGAGUUAGGUUUUUUAAUUUAUAAGGACAUAGGAGAUACAUAAAUGAAAUUGAAAGAUGUAGCUCGACGAAUGUGAUGAGAUAACGGUACAUGCAAAAGCUAUACGGGAAGAUACCAGUAUAUAACGAUCGAUCGUUUACAAUAUAAUUUUACAUGCUGUAUAGUUACGGUAUUAUAAUAUUCGAUGUAAUAUAAUUCAUUGUAAUAUUCAA